AUGAUAAAUAAUGAGAAUAACUCUUAACAUCUUAAAAGUAAACCUCUAUUUUCAGUAAUGAAAUUGAUAAAUAACAAUACAUUUCGUGGAUAAUUUAGUGAACCUAAUUAACUUAGCUCAAGCAUUCUAUAAUAAACAAAUCCAUAAUUAUCAUUUCCAAGAGCAGAAAGAUUCUUAUCUCAUCAUGCUCCUUAGCUUCCAUCCCCAAAAUAUCUAUGUUUAACAGACACAAAAACAAAAAGGGCUACAUCAUUUGGAUUUGGAAACAAAUAACUUAGACCAUUAGAUCUUGAAAAAAGAGAUUAAUUAAAUCCUGCUCCUGGAACAUAUGAUAUUAAAUAGACAUCCUGUAGAUCCUGUAGCUUUGGAAUGAAGUUAUAAUCAUUAAGAGGUUUUGAUGUUCCAGGACCUGGAUCAUAUGAUUUAAAAUUGAUAAAUAAAACAAAAGCUUUUAGUAUAUAUGGCAAAAUCAAGUAUGAACUUAAAAUUUUAUUUUUAGUUCUGAUAUAAAAUUACCCAAAACUGCUUCUCCAACAACUUACCUUCCCACUGAUAAAAUUAUUUAAAACAAUAGAUUUAAAUAAAUCACAUUUGGAAUUGGAGAUAGACCAUUACCUGGUUUAAAAAAUGAUUCUCCUGGACCAGGAACGUAUGCUUUGAAAUCUGUUUUUGAAAUCAAAUCAAAAAAAAAAACCUAAUAAUGAUG